CGUAGUGGACAUCAGAGCAGGAUGCAGAGCAGGGUGUGUGUGUGGAGUGUGUGUGUCCUCCUGUCGCUGACACUGGGAUGGACCCAGGCUCAAAGCCAGACGACCAACUUCACCAGGCCUAUCUUCCACUGCGGAGGUCACUUGGUGACUGACUCAGGCUUCGUGGGCAGUGAGGGUUUCCCCAGCCACUACAAACCCAACCGCAAAUGCACUUGGUAUAUCGCUGUCCCCGAAGGCCAUGUCGUCAUGCUCUCCUUCCGUAUGUUUGACCUGGAGGCCGACCCCACCUGUCGCUAUGACUACCUGGAUGUGUACAACGGCCACUCGCACACGGUGCAGAAGCUGGGGAGGUUCUGUGGAACGUUCCGGCCCGGGGCUCUCAUCUCUACCUCCAACACCAUGAUGCUGGAGAUGGUCUCUGAUAGUAGUACAGGAGGACGGGGGUUUGUGGCUCACUAUCAAGGAGGGAAACCACACAUGGAUGAGAACCAGUUUUGUGGGGGGAGGCUGACGAAGGCUCAGGGUUCUGUCAAGACCCCCAACUGGCCCAACUCAGAUUACCCAGCAGGCAUCAGCUGCUCCUGGCACAUCUCUGUGAAGCCCAGCAACGUGAUCAAGGUCAAGUUUGAGAAGUUGGAUAUUGAGGCUGACAGUUACUGUCGCUAUGACUACGUGGCACUCUUCAAUGGAGGCGAGAGGGACGACUCGCGUCGUAUUGGGAAGUACUGUGGUGACAGGGUACCAGGGACCAUAGUGACUAAUGGAAAUGAGCUCCUGGUCCAGUUUGUGUCUGACCUCAGUGUGACAUCUAAUGGCUUCAUGGCCCACUACUCCAGCGUGCCCCGAGGGUCCCGGACACCCUCCGCGGGGGGAGACACCAUCCACGGGCCUCGGGUCGCCUCCACAACCCAGAAACCUAUUUUCAAGCUGGCCAAACCAGCCCGGCCUACCCCUAAAUCCAAGUCAGCCAUCCGGGCAAAGCCCAGCCUAAAACCAGUCACCAGACCUAGUGUAAGAAUACCAGUGAAACCUACACCACGUAAGCCCACAUCCAAGCCUCAAGUCAGACCCACACUUAAACCUAAACCUGCUAAGCCUAUUCCUAAAGCUGGGGCUAGGCCUACACCUAAACAGGGUACCAAGGCUAAGCCAACCCCUAAACCUAGCAUCAAAGCGAAAUCCAAGCCCACACCAAAACCAAUGGCCAAACCAGUGAAACCAACAAAGAAACUCGUCUCUAAGCCUGGAGCCAAGCCUACACCUAAAUCAGUGACUAAGCCUAAAGCUACAGCUAAGUCUGGACAAAGCUGGACCAAGACUGUGACUAAGAAACUUGCAGUGAGCAGGAAACCCCUACCGAUGAACCCGCUGUGUAAACAGGCUUGUAAGAGGACAGGAACACUACAAUCCAACUUCUGCCCUAAUGAUUUCGUGAUCAUGGGGAAGGUGACAUCCUUGGCCCCAGGCCCCAGGGGCAGUGUGACCGUGGACGUGUCUCUCAUCAAGGCCUAUAGGAGUGGUCGCCUGGCCAUCACCCGAUCAGGACCAGCCAAGUCCAUCAAACUCACCUCCACCUGCAAGAAGUGCCCUGGCCUACGCAAAGGAGCGAACUACGUGUUGAUGGGCAAGGUGGACACGGAGGGACAUGGCCUUCUCAACCCCUCUAGCUUCGCUCUCUUGUACAAGGCAGUCCACACCAAAGCACUGGCCACUCUCGCACUCCAACCAUGCUGAUCUCACAGCCCAGUCCACCAAUCCCUGAGCAGGAAAUAUGCCAUUCCUCCGACUUAACAACAACUGCACAACAGCAGUCCAAAUAUGCUAAAUAUGAAAUGUAAACUCAUUCUAAAAAAGCGGAUAAAAAGGGAUAAAAAGGAGUCGUUACAAAACCAUUAGAUACAGUUUUAAACAUGUUUUUAUAUUGUUGAAUUAUUUUAUAUUUUUUAUACACUCAGAUAUACUUCUUUGUAUUUGUAUGUAAAUUAUGAUAUUUCUGUGAUUAAAAAGGAUAUAUAUCA